CGCAGUGUGGACACGGCCUUACUAUGCGAACGCAACCACUGUGAACGCGGCCUAAUGCAAGCGGCGCGUCAACCGGUAUGAACUGUCAAUUGACGCGGGAAGAUGACAUGGCUUGUCAUCAGCAGUUAUUUCCGUUUGCACAAUCUUUUUUUCUUUGCAACAUCGAACGCGAUCAGACUGUUAAAUUGACUUAAACUAACUUACAGCUAGGACUUAAAACUAAAAUCACAGAUCAUUAUCACAAUAGUUUAGAGUGGAGGAAUAGUCUUCCCCGGAUUAAAAUUGAUUCGCACACCGAAAUUUCUUUAAGCUGUUUCCGCAUCAAUUUGCGACAGCUAACAAGAUUUCGGAUUUCACCUUUUGUUCUCUGAACAAAAUCUUAAAGAAAUUUCGUGGCCGGGAAAGGUAUCGAAUUGUGCCCAGCUGAAUUUCACCAUGCCAAAUACGGAUCCCAACCUCAAAACGCCCGAGCAGGGAAAAUCAUCGGAUUGUGUUUGCUGCGCCCAUCCGGAAUCGGCCGAUGAUUGCGUUCAAUGCGACCGAUGCGAUGGUUGGUGGCACAUGUCAUGUGCUCAAGUCACAUCGUCUGUUGCAGACCGGCCGUGGACAUGUAGGCAUUGUUUGCCGGUGAGUGUGUGCACUCCCACUUCCAGCGCAAAGGCGGCACGGAUGAAGAUGCAGCGACUGAAAGAGCAGCAGGAAUUAGAGCAACGUCAUCUAGCAGAGAAACACCAGCUGGAGGAGGAGUUGGAAGAAACGGCUAGUAAUAGGAGCCGGAUCAGUCACAGGACGAGCCAGGAUAGAGUAAAGCAGUGGCAACAGCAGUGCAUGGAACAGGGUGCAAGCGCGCAUGGUCAGCAGAUGGAUCAACCGACAGGCGGGGCAGCAGCUUCCCCGGCCAUGCAAUUAUGCGAUCGAGAACCAACGUUGGGACAGGUGGUUAACCCAUCGGAACCAGGUCUGGUUACUCGAGAUCAGCAGCAGUAUACCGGCGCGAUGCCGAAAACACCUAAGAACCCACAAUUGGAAUUCUCCGUGCUCCCCGCAGUCCAGCCCCCCGUUCCCCCCGCAGCACCAACGUGUGGAAAUUCGUUCGACCCUCACCAAUCGGGUCUCAUCGUUCGGGAUCAGCAGCAGUAUACCGGCGCGAUCCCAAAGGCACAUCGGAGUCAACGGGGUGAAUUUCCCGUGCCCCCCGUAGUAUCAACACUGGGCAACUUGUUCGACCCUCAACAAUCGGGUCUCACCGUUUGUGAUCAGCAGCAGUAUACCGGCGCGAUCACUCAGAGACAGCAGGUAGCAGGUUCGAGAGGUAAAGUCCAACCCCCCGUUCCCCCCGUAGCGCCAACGUGUGGAAAUUCGUUCAACCCUCACCAAUCGGGUCUCAUCGUUCGGGAUCAGCAGCUGUAUACCGGCGCGAUCCCAAAGGCACAUCGGAGUCAACAGGGUGAAUUCCUCGUGCCCCCCGUAGUAACAACCCUGGGCAAUUUGUUCGACCCUCAACAACCGGGUCUCACCGUUUGUGAUCAGCAGCAGUAUACCGGCGCGAUCACUCAGAGACAGCAGGUAGCAGGUUCGAGAGGUAAAGUCCAACCCCCCGUUCCCCCCGUAGCGCCAACGUGUGGAAAUUCGUUCAACCCUCACCAAUCGGGUCUCAUCGUUCGGGAUCAGCAGCUGUAUACCGGCGCGAUCCCAAAGGCACAUCGGAGUCAACAGGGUGAAUUCCUCGUGCCCCCCGUAGUAACAACCCUGGGCAAUUUGUUCGACCCUCAACAACCGGGUCUCACCGUUUGUGAUCAGCAGCAGUAUACCGGCGCGAUCACUCAGAGACAGCAGGUAGCAGGUUCGAGAGGUAAAGUCCAGCCCCCCGUUCCCCCCGUAGCACAUCAAGGUAAGCCACUGAAUUAUCCACCUACUGGUGUACCAUUACCAUCCAACUAUGGAUGCUCCCUCCAACACAUAAUGAAACAGUUCGGAACGUUGGCAGCCUCGGCCACGGUUCCAUCGAACAACAUGAAUACAGUUUUUCCCUCGACGGGAUCGAAUGUUGGCCUUGCGCCACAGGCAAAUCCAAGUAUACAUUCCGGAUUAGUAUCCGCAACUGCGGGACCGCCAAUCGUAGGUCAUACGCCACUGGCAAAUGGGACAGUUUUUCCCAAUAUGGAACUGUCAAAUGUUGGCCCUAUGCCACACGUAAAUCCGUCACUAUCUACAGGCAUAGUUCCCCCUCCGCCGGGACUGCCUGUCGUUGAACAAUACACCCCCUCCCCCUCGCAGUUAGCCGCGCGUCAAGUGAUGUCCCGCGAUCUACCUUCGUUCUCUGGCAAUCCUGUUGAUUGGCCAAUCUUCAUCAGUAGCUUUAUGAAUAGUUCGCUGGCGUGCGGUUACAAUAAUGCCGAGAAUCUUUCGCGUCUUCAACGUUGCCUGAAAGGGCACGCGUACGAAUCUGUCAAAAGCAGGUUGCUGCUUCCGGAAUCAGUGCCUCAAGUGAUCGAUACUCUUCGGUUGUUAUACGGGCGACCCGGGUUAUUAAUCGGUGCAUUGUUACAAAAAGUGCGCAGUGUCCAGGCACCGAAGGCGGAGAAAUUGGAAACUAUAAUCGACUUCGGCAUGGCUGUGCGCAGCCUCUGCGACCACCUGGAAGCAGCGGGACAGCAGGAACAUCUCUCGAAUCCUACGUUGCUGAUGGAGCUGGUGGAGAAGCUACCUGUACACACCAAGAUGCAGUGGGCGGACUACAUACAACAGCACCCGGUAGUAAACCUCAAGGCGUUUGGAGAUUUUAUGCUCAAAGUCGUCACAGCCGUUUGCAGUGUGUCAAACUACACCGGCGAAAGUAACAGUAGUCAGCAGAAGCCGAGACACAAAGGAGCGGUGAACACGCAUAGCAACGAAGCAGAAUCCGUUCGUGAGGUAGUGAGCGAAAAGGAUCGAGCGUGUAUAUGCUGCAAGAAAUCAGGUCACCGUCUAGCAGAAUGCACCGCAUUUAAGGCGUAUACUGUGGACAGCCGAUGGAACUUCGUACGAGAUAAAGGUCUUUGCCGGAGUUGUCUCAACGCACAUGGGAAGAGAAGCUGCAGAAACGCGACGCUGUGCGUGAUCGAUGGAUGUACCUACCGUCAUCAUGCACUGCUACAUUCAAAUCGAUCCAAUGCAAACCAGCGACCAACCCAAGAAUUGUCGAUUGUUCAGAACCAUACACAUCGGCAAGGCAAGCAGACUUUUCUUUUCCGCAUAAUUCCUGUCGUUCUCCGUGGGCCACGAGCGACCAUUGAAACUUUGGCAUUUCUGGAUGAUGGUUCGGACUUGUCGCUCAUCGAGAACAGCCUGGUGGAGCAAUUGGGUAUCGACGGUCGGAAGACACCGUUGUGUAUGAAGUGGACUGGAAACGUCACCAGAGUUGAAUCGGAAUCGAAGCAAGUGAGAGUUUUCAUCAGGGGAGCCAAUAGCAACAAGCAGUUCACGAUCAACGACGUUCGUACUGUAAAUGAGCUUACUUUACCGGAACAGAAUCUAGAUUACGACAAGCUGGCGCGACACUACCGCCAUCUGCAAGGUCUGCCGAUCGCAAGCUACGUGAAAGCGAUUCCCCGUCUGCUGAUCGGCGUUAACAAUGCGAACCUCACGGUACCGCUGCAGGCAAGAGAAGGAAAGAGAACCGAGCCUAUUGCCGUGAAAACACGGUUAGGAUGGUGCAUAUUUGGCGGUGGUGAAAGUAGGGAUACGCAUUCGUUGAAUUAUCACGCUUGUGAAUGUGCCGGUACCGGCGACCAGGAGCUGCACAAUGCAGUGAAAGACUAUUUUUCUAUGGAGGAUGCCGGAGUUCAACCGCCAGUCGUGCUGGAAUCUGUAGAAGACACGCGAGCUAGGGAGAUUAUGGAGCGGACGACUAUCCGAGUAGGAGAACAAUUCCAAACUGGCCUACUGUGGAGGUACGACGAAAUAGAAUUCCCGGACAGCUACAACAUGGCGGUGAAGCGUUUCGAAUGUCUGGAGCGUAGGAUGCUGCGAGAUCCCGAGCUGGCAGCCAAUCUGAAGAAGCAAAUAGCGGAGUAUCAGCUGAAAGGCUAUGCGCACCGUGCAACUCAGAAGGAGCUCGCACUAGCCGAUCCUAAACGAGUGUGGUAUUUGCCGUUAGGAGUAGUUACGAACCCCCGGAAACCGGGCAAAGUCCGCCUUAUAUGGGACGCGGCAGCGAAAGUAGAUGGAAUAUCCCUAAACUCCAUGCUACUAAAAGGCCCGGAUCAGUUAUCUUCGCUUCCCGGAGUUCUGCUGCGUUUUCGUCAGUACAAGGUGGGAGUUUCGGCAGACAUCCGUGAAAUGUUCCACCAGUUGUUAAUCUGUGAACCGGAUCGUCAUUCUCAGCGCUUCUUGUUCCGGAGCGAUCCAUCAAGGCUUGUCGAAACGUACAUUAUGGACGUGGCGACCUUUGGAUCCACGUGUUCGCCAGCAUCAGCCCAGUAUGCGAAGAACAAAAACGCCGAAGAAUUCGUCGCUCGCUAUCCCCGAGCUGUCGAGGGAAUCCAGAGAAACCACUACGUGGACGACUAUCUGGAUAGCUUCGAGAGUGUGGAUGAGGCCGAAAGAGUUUCCCGCGCAGUCGGAGCAAUCCAUCAGAAAGGAGGAUUCCACCUUAGAAAUUGGUUGUCGAACAGUGCCGAAGUUCUACGUGGACUGAACGAGGAAGCUACCAACGCCAGCAAGAAUCUCUGCUUGAGUACAACGGACGGCGAUCGAGUGCUCGGCAUGCUGUGGCAGACGACCGACGAUGAGCUGCGGUUCUCGAUGAAUUUGAAGGAGGAAAUUCAGCGUGUAUUAAAUGAAGACGAGCGGCCAACUAAACGACAGAUAUUGAAGUGCUUGAUGGGAAUAUUUGAUCCACUAGGGCUUCUUAGUGUGUACCUCGUGCACGGCAAGAUCCUACUUCAGGACGUGUGGCGAGCCGGACUGCAGUGGGACGAAAGGGUGCCGGAAGAAAUAUUCGAACGUUGGGCUAGGUGGACCGCUCUGUUCCCGAAGAUAAGAGAUCUGCGUAUUCCGCGGUGCUACUUCGAGGAAGCGACCGAACAGACGUACAAACGAUUGCAACUGCACGUAUUCGUCGAUGCGAGCGAAGUUGCCUUUUCUGCUGUAGCGUACUUCAGAGUGAUUGACAUAGAAGGCAAAGCCGAAUGUUCCUUCAAGCAGCGGUAUUGGGCAGCCGCUUGA